AUGGAGACAACGGGUGACAUCCCGGUCAUAAAGAGCAAGGCCGAGUAUCUCAAGGCCGUCAUGUACGAAGGCGUCACCGUCCUCGAGGGCACAGCAACAUGGUGUGCUCAAUGCAAGGUGAUUGCGCCAGAAGUCGCCAAGAUGGUUAGCGAGUACUCAAAUGUGAAGUUCUACCUCUACGACGUCGAGGAGUGUGAGGACGUUGCGCAGGAGUUGGGCGUCACGAGUAUGCCGUCGUUCAGUAUUUUUAAAGAUGGCGACAUCCAGGAUGGUGUCACGGGUGCGAAGCCGAAGGAGAUCCGGAAGAAGAUCGAAGCGUGCUUGUGA